CGCACCGGCCACAAACGGAGGGCGGAAACCGGAAUCUCCACAGCGCAGCCGCCCCUCAGCCACGUUCCCGCCCUCGGCCUGGCGGAGCGUGCGCAGUGCGGAGCGGCCAUGAAUGAAAAGGAUGAAUAGAAUCAAACCUGGACAAAACUCCGAGUGCCACUCCGUGACAUUUUCUUCCCUUGCAACAAGGAAUCAUUGAUAGCUACCCCUGGGGUGCAUGCGUGGGUGAGUGGCAAUGUCUCACUGGACCGGUCUCCCCUGCACUGUUGCCAAAGUCAACCUGCUGCUCCUACUGCUUUCUGCAGGGUUUUUCUGGUCAAGCCGAAGCGAGAGAGUUCCCGAAUUUGCCCUUACAAAAAUAGAAGAGAGCGACAUAAAAGAUGACAGCGGGAAAGAGCCAAUAACAGAUGAUGAUGCUGAUCCCGAGGACCUGGAAGUGUUUUACCCGACACGUCAGUGGCAAGCUGUGCGUCCAGGUCAAGCUGUUCCUGCAGGGUCACACGUUCGGUUAAAUCUGCAGACAGGAGAGAGAGAAGCCCGGCUUCCAGACAGUGAAAGUGGGAAAAGUGACACAAGAGGAGAGAAAAGAAGAAAAAGGCUGAACACGAUGGAUAUUGACACAAAUUCAUUCACAUCCCAAGAGCUCAAAAAGGCGUUGGCUAAAAUGAAGGAAAGUGAGAAGGCAGAAAGAAUGGCCCACGAGGAAGAAGUAAGGAAGAAGUUCCGUCCCAUAGAGCAACUGAAGGAAGAGUUUGAAAAGCUGAACGUGAAGAUGGAGACGGAUUAUGAAAUCAUGGAUAAACUGAUCAGCAAGUUUAACAGCUCUGCUUCCACGCUGGAUGAAAAAGUAGCAGCGCUUUAUGAUCUUGAAUAUUAUGUUCACCAGGUGGACAACGCGAAGGAUUUCCUGUCCAUGGGCGGACUGCGGCUGGUGAUCGAGGGCCUGAACAGCACAGAGGCCGUCCUGAAGGAGCACGCUGCCUUUGUGCUGGGAGCUGCACUCUCCAGACUUGGAACUUUCUCACUGCUGAGUGACCUUCUGCAGGGUGAGCAGGAGUUGGAGAUUUCUCCCCGUGCUUUGGUCGUGGUUUCACUGUGGAUUGCUGCUGUAGGAUGGGUGGCAGUGCUGCCUCAGGCUGUCACCAGAGCUGCCUGCCUGCAGUCCAGCUGAGUUCUGGCUCAGAGCUGAAAACCCAGUUGGAAGAAAAUGGUUUUCAGGUAUCAGCAACUGGAGCCCUGGGCCGUGUACCCGUGCAAGACACUGAAUCAGCAAAGGAAGGAGGAAGCAGAGGGCACAGCAGGGGCAAUUCAAGAUUUCUGCUCCUUGCUUGAAAAGCAACCUUGGCACAGAGGAGUCUGGCUCCCAGAGCAAGGACUCACAGUCUGCUUGCCUGGAUGUUGCUGGAGCGCGUGCUGUCUUCCAGGUAUCCAUCUGCCUCUGUUUGUGAGCCUCCCUCUUGGAAGAGGGUGAUCUGAUAUGAAAGAAAUCAAAGUUUCAUCUCGUUUUUCUCUUAUACGUCCUUCAUUUCUGACACUUGGGGUUUAAUCGCCGCGUUUGUGACCAAAUCAAACAUGGUUCCAUCUGGCAGAGCUCUCUGAGCGCUGCCCUUAUUGCAACUCUGCAACCUCAUCACAGUCUCACUGUUCUUAAACCUUUAACAAAAUGUUUUUCCAUUCAGCAGUUUACAAAAGUAAACUUCAUUUGAACAAUCCUCAAGU